CGGCGGCCAUUGCUCCAAGAUGGCGGCGGCGGCGGCGGCGGCGGCGGCGGCGGCGGAGGAGGAGAUGCUCAGCUGAGGGGCGGUUGCUAUGGUUACAAGGCCUGGACCAUCCUCCCGCAGAUAAGAUGAAAUUGUGCUCUAUUGUGCGGAAAUGGCUGAUUUGGGGUUUUCUGGUUCCUCUCGACUCAGGAGUGCAGCUCAGCUGGGCUGGAACUGCCCUCCUGGAACUCCCCCAGCCUGCAACCUAGGAGGAUGCCCCGGAGGCCCUGCUAGCCCCAGACUUCGGCCCCAUGCGGCUCACCCGCUGCCAGGCUGCCCUGGCAGCCGCCAUCACCCUCAACCUUCUGGUCCUCUUCUAUGUCUCAUGGCUGCAGCACCAGCCUAGGAACUCCAGGGCCCGGGGCCCACGCCGUGCCUCUGCUGCCGGCCCCCACGUCACCGUCCUGGUGAGGGAGUUUGAGGCAUUUGACAACGCAGUGCCUGAGCUGGUGGACUCCUUCCUGCAGCAAGACCCGGCCCAGCCCGUGGUGGUGGCAGCCGACACACUCCCCUACCCGCCCCUGGCCCUGCCCCGCAUCCCCAACGUUCGUCUAGCGUUACUGCAGCCCGCCCUGGACCGGCCAGCCUCGGCCUCGCGCCCGGAGACCUACGUGACCACCGAGUUUGUGGCCCUGGUACCUGAUGGGACGCGGGCUGAGGCACCGGGCCAGCUGGAGCGCAUGGUGGAGGCGCUCCGCGCGGGAAACGCACGCCUAGUGGCUGCCCCCGUCGCUACGGCCAACCCUGCCCGGUGCCUGGCCCUGAACGUCAGCGUGCGGGAGUGGACCGCCCGCUAUGGCGCAGCCCCCGCCGCUCCCCGCUGCGACGCCCUGGACGGAGACGCAGUGGUGCUCCUGCGUGCCCGCGACCUCUUCAACCUCUCGGCGCCCCUGGCCCGGCCGGUGGGCACCAGCCUCUUCCUGCAGACCUCCCUUCGCGGCUGGGCGGUGCAGCUGCUGGACUUGACCUUCGCAGCAGCGCACCAGACCCCGCUGGCCACGGCCCACGCGCGCUGGAAGGCGGAGCGCGAGGGGCGCACUCGGCGGGCGGCGCUGCUCCGCGCACUGGGCAUCCGCCUGGUGAGCUGGGAGGGCGGGCGGCUAGAGUGGUUUGGCUGCAACAAGGAGACCACGCGCUGUUUUGGGACCGUUGUAGGUGAUACGCCCGCUUACCUCUACGAGGACCGCUGGACGCCGCCCUGCUGCCUGCGCGCGCUGCGUGAGACCGCCCGCUACGUGGUGGGCGUGCUGGAGGCCGCGGGCGUGCGCUACUGGUUGGAGGGCGGCUCACUGCUAGGAGCUGCCCGCCACGGGGACAUCAUCCCGUGGGACUACGACGUGGACCUGGGCAUCUACUUGGAGGAUGUGGGCAACUGCGAGCAGCUGCGGGGGGCCGAGGCCGGCUCGGUGGUGGAUGAGCGCGGCUUCGUAUGGGAGAAGGCGGUUGAGGGCGACUUUUUCCGCGUGCAGUACAGCGAAAGCAACCACCUGCACGUGGACCUGUGGCCCUUCUACCCCCGCAACGGCGUCAUGACUAAGGACACCUGGCUGGACCACCGGCAGGAUGUGGAGUUCCCCGAGCACUUCCUGCAGCCGCUGGUGCCCCUGCCCUUUGCCGGCUUCGUGGCGCAGGCGCCCAACAACUACCGCCGCUUCCUGGAGCUCAAGUUCGGGCCCGGGGUCAUCGAGAACCCCCAGUAUCCCAAUCCGGCACUACUGAGUCUGACGGGAAGUGGCUGAAUCCCUGACACCCUCGCCUUUGUUUUUCCUGGGUCUGUUUGGAUGUGAAGAAGCUUGGGGUGAGGGGUGAGGGAUGAGGGGUGGAGGGGUCUGUGGCCGAGAGGGGGAGGGGGAAUCUGACCAAGAAAGAAAGGAGAGUUUGAGAGAAGGCUGACACUGGCAGGAGGAGAGCACCGGGACGAGCAUGGGAAGCGACCUCCAGAUACUCUCAAAUGGUCAUGCCCACCGGGAGCGGUGGAUAUGCAUGGGGACAUACUAGGUCGUCCCAGUCAUUGAGGGAGCCAAGGAUGCCGCGCCGUCCUGCAAGGCCGAGCACGGGCCCAGACCCAGAAAAAAUGUCCUGCCCAAGAUUCCGAGAGCCCUGCUCUCUGCGGCAGGGGAGGGGUUUUGGAAACAGAGAGAAAGAGUGCAGCCUAUGGAGCCAGAGUGGCAAGAUUCAAAUCCUGGCUCUAUAUCGCUUAUAAGUCAGGUGGGCAUGGGGGAGCGUCGCCGGUUCUCUGUGCCUCAGUUGCCUCCAGGAUGUGGGACCCUUGCCUGCAGGGGUUGCUCCCGCCACUAGAGGGCGCGCCGGUCCCGCUCCUGGUGGCUCACUGUGGCUCCCGGGUCGGCAGUACGCCCGGGGCCUUGGUUCCAUAGCCAUCUACUCUCUUGAGCCUUUGGACUUCUCUCCAAGCCCCUUUGGGAGGAGGGACAGCAGUGACCGAGACCUCACCUUCUUUCGGACUGCGACCUCCUUCCCUCCUGGAAGAGCCGUGACCUGCAUGCCGCUCUUGACGCCGUCUUGCAGAGGAGGAAAUGCUCAGAGUUCCGAGGUGCAGCUAUGGUCGAGAACCCGGUGCUGGGCCUGGAGCAGGGGCUCACGCCUGUAAUCCCAGCACUUUGGGAGGCCCAGGUGGGAGGAUAGCUUGAGCCCAGGAGUUCAAGACCAGCUUGGGCAACAUGGCCAGACCCUGUCUCUGUUUUUAAAACAGAAAAACCACCGAGCUCUGGAUCUCAGCUCUACUCAUGAUGAUUACCUCAUUUCAGCUGUCUGCACCUACUUCCCCACUUGCGCGGCAGGGUAGACAAUAACCAUAGCUCACGUUCACUGAGCACCUACUGGGUACCGGGCACCAUUCUCAGUGUUUCAGCUGGGUCAACUCAUGCAUCCCUCACCUCAGUCCUCUGAAGUCACAGCUGCUAUUACUUUCGUUAUACAGAUGAGAAAGCUGAGGCCAGAAUGGUGAAUCACUUGCUCUAGGUCAGGCAGCUUAGGAAGGGGCAGAUCAGGAGCUUGAACCCAGGUGGUCAGGCUCUGGAGCCCACAAUUGUCUUACCCACCAUGCUCCUCUCUAGUCAUGGGCCCCAAGAGGGGCUCGGAGACCCACUUAGCAGGUGAAAGCAAUGGCAGUCUUCCUUUUUUGAUUAUGCACCUAAGAGUAAAUGGUAUUUGGGCAUGUAUUCCCAAUAUGUGUAUAUUUAUUUAUAAACAUGUACAGAUACUACUAUCUGUGUGUUAGUAAUAAAGCUGAAAUUAUUCCAUUUUAAAAUUAU